GACAAACGAAUGAAAAGAGGUCAACCUACGGUAUGAUGCGAUGCUUUUGAUCAAGGGAAAUGUUUGCCGCCGAUUUUCCUCCAGGGUCUGGCCACCAUGGACCCCUACUCAAGGUCUCUCCUCUUUCUUCCUUGUGCUGUUGAACCAUUGGCAUUCGGCAUCAGAGACACUUCUAACCUACUCCGUAGAGGGAUCUACCCCCUUCCUUCAUGGAUGGCAGGAUCGGGACCACCAAAAAGUCAAAAAUCCGAAGAGCAGAGGAUAGCCAGAUCUCGACACGUCUUGUUUUUCUUCCCCGGGUCUCAAUGGGAUUGCGAGUCAUUUUCACCGACAAAAUCCCCAAUUGAAGGGCCAAGUGCUCCCAUUAUUUUUAAACCUCCCCUUGGCCAGGCCCCGCCAGGGUCUAGGGCAGAUGUGUGGUUGACAGGCACCUUGGGAGAGACUCACCGAAGGGGCUUAGCGGGAUGGGGUCUUUCCUCCAGGCUUCAGGCUCUCCCAAAGUUCCCUCGGACCUCCAGCCAGAUCUUGUUGCUAUGCCAAGACGGACGCUUGCGCGUCUCCGCCACCAAUCCGUCCCGAUUAGGAAGGAUACCGUAAUCAUGUAACGCCGGGCGGUUUGAAAUUGCUUCCAUAUCGAGUUGGUCCAGAGAAAAGGGAAAAGGGAAAGGGAGGCUGAGGCAUGAAGCCUGGAGGGGUUCCUGCACCUUCAAUCUGUCGGUCUGUACGGCUGUCGGCUUGGUCGGGCCGUGCGACCAUGUUGCUCAGCGCU